CUUCAAUGUCACUCAAUUUUUAGAGUCUGCCAUCAGCAAUGGGGGGGCGCCUGGUGAAUCCCUUCCCAACAUCGCAUUCGCAACAUCUGGUGGUGGUGACCGAGCUUUAUUAUUCAGUGCCUCGAUGUUAGAUGCAUUUGACUUCAGAAACGAAGAAGCCGUCGAAGCUAGAACCGGCGGGAUAUUGCAAUUGGCAAACUAUGCCACAGGCCUCUCCGCAGGCGCUUGGUUGUUAACAAGUUGGGCCACUGCUAACUUUGAGCGCAUGCCUGAUCUCAAUGCAACUGUUUGGGGACUCAACAAACAAAAAGGCUAUCUUUCUUGGAGUUUACUGAAAGCUUUACCAAAGCACCUUUUACAAGCGGCACGGAAGAAAAAAGCUGGGUUUGAUAUCAGUUUUGUUGACGAUGACCCGGAAGACGGAAAAGGUGUAUUAUUUUCCUCCAUCAAGGAGACACCUUCCUAUAAAGCGCGCGAGUUCCCACUCCCGAUCUUAACUAGUCUUUCGAGGAGGGCGUCGGGUGAACAGAUUACAUUGCAAAGUCCGAUUUACGAAAUGACACCCGAGGAUUUCUCCGUAUGGCACCCUGGGCUCAAUGCAUCAAUCCCGAUGGAAUAUUUGGGGAGUAGGAUGUCUUUUGGAGAGGGUCGAGCGGUGUCGUGUGUGAAAGGUUUCGACAAUGCAGGGUUCCUAAUGGGGGUUUCCAGCAAUGUUUUUAGUUUUCAAGAUGGAUCAAAUACAACACCCAACCUUGGUGAAAAAAUCGCCAAUGCAUUAGUCAAGGGAACGUUUUACGAAGCUUUGAUACCCAAUCCUUUCUAUGGACAAAAGUCUGGACUUCCAUCUGGUAGCGGUGGAUUUGUCGAUUCCAACACAGAAACUUUGCUUCUGGCUGAUGGAGCUAUGGCCCAAGAAAAUCUACCGUUAUUUCCAUUGCUCCAGCCCUCCAGAAAAGUUGACGUGAUUCUUGCAUUGGACGCCGUAAAAAUUCAACCAGCCCCCUGA